GGCCGGGGGCCAGCGGGAUGCACCGCCCUCAGCCCGCAUCGCCUCAGCGCCCAGGCAGCGGCCGUGGGCAGCGCCGGCCCCCGGGCGGGCACACACCCCCGCCCCGGCCGCUCUCUCUAGGACCUGCGAUGAGUUUGCCCGCCGGAGCCGGCCUCAGCGCCUGCGCGAAGGGAGGCGCCGAGCCCCUUAUCCCCAUGGAGAGCGCCGAGACCGAACCGAGCGAUAACCGCCCGGAGGAGGACGGCGCGGCGCCCAGCAGCGGCCUCCCGCCUCCGGAGCAGCCCAUACCCACGAUGGAAGACUGUUUGGCAAAAAAAAUGGAGAUCACUGUUUCAGAAGCUGAAAAACGGACUGGGAGGAAUGCCAUGAACAUGCAAGAAACAUACACAGCUUACCUCAUUGAGACAAGAGCUGUUGAGACCCAGAGCGAAGGGCAGUGUGCCCCCGUGGACUCGCUGUGGCGGCGUUACAGUGAAUUUGAGUUGUUGAGGAAUUACUUGUCGGUUACCUACCCGCAUAUUGUUGUGCCACCGUUGCCAGAAAAAAGGGCUGACUUUGUUUGGCACAAGCUAUCGGCAGAUAACAUGGAUCCUGACUUUGUGGAAAGAAGAAGAAUUGGUUUGGAAAACUUCUUGUUACGUGUGGCUUCACAUCCUGUUCUUUGCCAAGACAAAAUCUUUUACUCCUUUUUAACACAGGAGGCUGGAUGGAAAGAAAUGGUGAAUGAGACUGGAUUUCAGUUAAAGGCAGAUUCCAGAUUAAAAGCUCUCAAUGCAACAUUCAGAGUGAAAAACCCAGACAAGAGAUUUACUGAGCUAAAACACUAUAGCGAUGAACUGCAGUCUGUCAUAUCACACCUUCUGCGAGUCAGAGCUAGGGUAGCAGACCGGCUAUAUGGUGUCUAUAAAGUCCAUGGCAACUAUGGAAGAGUAUUCAGUGAGUGGAGUGCAAUAGAAAAGGAGAUGGGGGAUGGGUUGCAGAGUGCUGGCCACCACAUGGAUGUAUAUGCAGCUUCUAUUGAUGACAUCCUGGAAGAAGAGGAACAUUAUGCAGAUCAGUUGAAAGAAUAUCUCUUCUAUGCAGAAGCACUACGGGCAGUUUGCAGGAAACAUGAACUAAUGCAAUAUGACUUGGAAAUGGCUGCCCAGGACCUAACAACUAAGAAACAGCAGUGUGAGGAGCUGGCAACAGGAACUGUGAGAACAUUCUCUCUGAAAGGCAUGACCAGCAAGCUCUUUGGGCAGGAAACCCCUGAGCAGAGGGAAGCCAAGAUAAAGGUUCUAGAAGAGCAGAUACAGGAAGGAGAAGAACAACUGAAGUCCAAAAAUCUGGAGGGCAGAGACUUUGUGAAAAGUGCCUGGGCUGACAUUGAGCGGUUUAAAGAGCAGAAGAACCACGAUCUGAAGGAGGCGCUCAUAAGCUACGCGGUUAUGCAGAUCAGCAUGUGCAAAAAGGGAAUUCAAGUUUGGACAAAUGCCAAGGAAUGCUUCAGCAAGAUGUGAUUAAUCUGGAAAUGAAUUCUUCCUCCAAGUGCCAGAAGACAGAAGCACAACUGUAUAACACCACUGUUACGUUGCUACAUGACUUACCUACAAAACAUGUAAUAAAUGCCUCGGGUGACUAGUUUUUCUUUCUGCUGAUUGUAAUUGUUAAUAAAGGACGAAGAGGACAUGUUUUUAAAUGUUAAGCCCUGACUGCCACUUUCGUGGUGCGUUUUAUAUGUGGUAGCAAAUAAUUCAGGGGUAAAAGACUUCAUUGAAAACUUCAGCUCUGUACUGGGGCAAAGCUAUAGGGAAAGUUAUCCCCCCAAAAAAAUACGAACCGAACUGU